AGUAUUUGUUUAAACGUUAAAGCGCACACAACGCCAAGCAGCUCACUGCGGAUCAACAAGUGUUGUUAGUUGAAUAAAUCCUCCAGCAGCGGCGUAUUAAAAUUCGAUUUUAUUUUAUAUCAAUAAGACUUUAUGUGAAGACGUGCGUGUGUUGUCUGCGAAGCCUGCAAUAAGCCAAUAAUCGCCGCAAAGUAAGAGAAAAUCACUGCCGGAAGUUAACUACCUACAAAAUAGUAUUUCGUUGAAGCGAAUAACCAGCCAUGCCAGCUAAAUUUGAAUACUCACUGGGCAUAGAUGAGCUAAAGUCAAAGACGCAUCGCCUUUGGCAGGCGCUCAUAGCCGAAUUUUUAGGCAACUUCCUCUUGAACUUCUUUGCAUGCGGCGCGUGUACCCAACCCGAGGAUGGCACGUUUAAGGCGUUCGCUUUUGGCUUGGCGGUUUUCAUAGCGAUUACGGUUAUUGGCAAUAUCAGCGGUGGUCACGUAAAUCCUGCCGUCACAGUUGGUUUGCUAGUAGCGGGACGUGUAAGCGUUUUGCGUGCCGUGCUCUACAUCAUAUUCCAAUGUUUGGGCUCCAUCGCCGGCACGGCAGCCAUUCGUACCCUCAUCGAUGAGGUGUACUACAAUGGCUUGGGUCACACACAUCUAUCCCCAAAUAUUACCGAGCUACAGGGUCUCGGUAUUGAAUUCUUUUUGGGUCUAGUGUUGGUGCUAACCGUAUUUGGCGCUUGUGAUGCGCAUAAGCCAGACUCCCGCUACACCGCCCCACUCGCUAUCGGUCUCUCCGUGACACUCGGUCACUUGGGCACCAUUCGUUAUACCGGUGCCAGCAUGAAUCCGGCACGUACUUUGGGCACUGCCUUCGCUGUCGACAAUUGGGACGCACACUGGGUGUACUGGGUUGGCCCCAUACUGGGCGGCAUCGCGGCUGCGCUCAUCUACACACAAGUGCUGGAGAAGCCACUGCUGCAGACCAGCGUUAAAGUGAUUGAGGUGUCCGAGAAAUAUCGGACACACGCUGAUGAGCGUGAGAUUUUUGUCUAUUAAAACGUGUCUCACCUUUCUUAAAAUACAGAUGAGAAAACUGGAUAGUGCACGUGAUUACGCUUAAAUACAAAUAUACCAUAUACAAAAACAACACAAAUAAAUUAAAUUAAUCUGUGUCAAAACAAAAGUAAUGAUUAAAUCGCGUUGAGCUGCGUUCCAAUAUUUACAUAUAUGUAUGUGUGUCCACAAAACAAAAAUUUUACUCUGUUGCAACAUGUUGCGAGAGUAUAAAAUUUAAGGAAAAGCAAUAUGGAAAAUUCAGCGAAAGAAUUCUGCAUAUCUUGCAUACAUUUAUAGUACAUACUAAUUUUUCAUUUGUGCCACAACCUGUUGCAUGCCACAUAUCUUUGCAACAUUUUGUUGCAAGUAAAAAACAACAGCAAAAGUGAACAGCAAUACAUUGCUACAACUACAACAACGAAUCAAAACACAACGUCGAAAAUGACAAUAAAGCUACAACAACAACAACCGGCAACAAAGUUUCAUUUCAACACAGUCCGGAACAAGGCAAAUAUAACACCGCAAAUAUACCAGCAUAAUGCAGUAUUUACAUAUCUACAAUCUGUAUUUGUAACUAUCGUUAAUUUUUUUAUAGUCUACUUCCUCCGCUCUUGCAAUUGUACUCAAACAUUCAUGUAAUUAUUUAUGUAAACCAAGGAUUUUUGCUAGCUUUUAACAAUUUCUAUACUCAUAUAUACAUACAUAUUUGUUGUAAUUUUAAUUUAUUUCUUUACAUCUAAACUUUUCAGAUUUUUGUCUAUUUUAUUUGUAUAUGUAUGUAAAAGUCUAAAAGUUUGAAAAUUCACAAUUUAAAUAAGUAAUACAUAAGUGCCUAUAUACAAAAGAGUAUUUUUGCAACAACAUAAAACUGCGAUUAUAUCGAUAUUCGAUCAUUUAACAACAACAAACUAACAAUAUGAAAUAUUAUAAUUAUUAUAAAGUACUAAUUAAGUCGAAGAAAGAAGUUUGUUGAAGUCAAAUUGCUUUCAAUAAAAAAAUUAUAAAAUUUAAUAAA